AUGAGACAUAACUCUUCAACUCUGACAGCAACACAUCGAGUGGUCUCCCUUGAUGACAUCGGACAAGGUCAGUACGAUAAACACUUUCUUGAGAAGGAGGAACAGAUUUGUGACAAACACCACGAAGCAUUGAGCAUUUUCUGUCACACAUGUUCUGAGGCAGUAUGUGUUCAUUGUGCCAUUGCUGAGCACAAGAAACAUCAGUUUGACACUGUAGACGAAGCAUCUGACAAAAGGCGUGAGUCAUUGAAACAGGCACUGUCAGUGAAGAUCACAGAGAAGAGUUCUGAGGUGUUGGAGAAGGGCAGGAGAAGUUUUGAGGGCGAGAGGCGUAGGAGGCAAAGGAUGCUGGAGCUGGUGAACUCUGAAUCUGAAAGAAGGGAGGAGGUUGUCCGAGUAUGUCAGCAGGUGGAAGAGGGUGGUGGGCUGACUCUUCUGUUGCUGUCCCAGACUCUUCAACAGGGCUGA